UUGCUAGUGCAAAAUCCCCAAUAGGCAAUGUUAGAAAGAUGUUAAAAAAAAUAAUAAUAAUAAAAAAAAAACACAAUGGCCAAAAUAGUCCUAUAUUAGUAAUAGGGCAGGAUUUGUGGGGCAAAUCUGACCACCAUAUUCCUUCUCUUUUUUCUUUCUCUAUCUGGGUUGAAGCAAACCAGUAACUCUCUGCAUCUCGAAAGCUUGAAGCAAAUCAGCAGCAGGGGGAUCAAUCAGGCCACGUUAAUGCCCUUAUACGAAGAUUGAUAUGAAAAUGCACUUGUGGAAUUAGUUGCACCCCUUUAGCUCUCAGGAAAUGUUUCUGGCACUUAUUUCACUGCAAUCAUGGAAAUACUUCUUGCGGUGUUGGCUGAGGGCUGAUAUUAUGUGCUUGGAUGCUAAAGCACCAUCAGUCAUCUUGGAUAAAACCAUCAAAGCUGCCAAUGAUAGUCUGAACGUCCAGUAUUAAAACAAAAUGAGAAAAAUAAAAUAAAAUUAAUUCUGAAGGUUCAAUUUUGAGUUUUGCUUUUGUCAUAUUGCUUCUCUCUCUCGAUUGCUUAUCUCCCUCGACACCUAGCCGCUCUCUGAUGCUUCUCUCUUGACGUCGAUCAAUACCGUCUUCUCUUUCUCUCCGCGAAGCACCCUCCUUCUUUCUCGACUCAACACUAAGUAUCAGCCUCCAUCUCUGGUAGCGGCAAGGUGGAAUUCUGAACUAACUAGUUUUGCAGCUUUUGAUAUUGUUCUAGGACGGGUUUAAGCGGCUGUAAGGUUGAGACCAGGAAAUGCAGAGGAAAAGGUAGCAGAUGCUUAUUUUGCUGAUUUUGUAGAAUUACAACCAGAGGUGUUCUGCAUCAUUGACAACUAACUUUCUGUAUAGCUCCUUUGAUCCUCUCCUUCUUUUUCAUAGAGAGCAGGCAAACGGUUAUAGCGACGAAGAAACAUCGAAAGAAGAGCUAGAAGAAUAAGCUGAAAAGAUGAUGGUGACGAAGGAACAUCGAAACAAGAGCUAGAAGAAAAAGCUGAAAGGAUGAUGAGCCCUUUGAUCCAGCAGAAUCCACCCAAGGCUUAGUUUCUUCCUCACAGAGCAUCAUCAGGUUGUAUUUUAUAAUGGCACCAAAAAUAAAUUUGCGAUCUCAAUCGAAGAGGGGAGUUAAGAAGGUGCAAACUAAGAGACACGGUGGCAGUAUAUCAGCAUUCGACUCUAAGCGUCGACGAACUUCUAGGCAGCUAUCCAAAGCUGAGAUGGAAAGUACCAAACUUCCAAGCCACGUUCCACUCUCCUCUCCCCCAUAUGAGAUGGCCAGCGAUGCUCCAAGGGAACGACUUUUCAAGGAUGCUGAUAUAUUUAAAGCUAGGGCACAUUCUUUCGGAAACCCAAUAGAAGCCAACAAAGUUAUUAAAAGUGUGCUCACAGAUGAUCAGCUGGAAAAGUAUAGGCAGACAUGUUUUGGACACUUACUUGAAGUGGAGAAUCUUAGGUUCUCUGGUCAUAUAGUUCAUAACCUACUUUGCAGACAAGUUGUGUCCAACGAUCAUCAGGCACUUGAGUUUAACUUUGGCAGAUCUGGAGUGCGGUUUACGAAAUGGGAAUUCGCACUUAUUACUGGUUUAAAAUUCUGUCAGUAUCCUUCUAUGAAUGAUAUUGAGCUGAACCGAAAAUCAAAGGAGCUAUGCAAGAGGUUGUUGGAAGAUAGGUCUGACUUGAAACCACCAGAAUUAGAUCGAAUAUUUAAGCAUACAGAUUUUGUGGAUGAUUGGGAUGCAGUAAGGAUUGCGUUACUAUAUUUCCUGGUGCAUGGUGUACUCGGAAUGGAUCCGAGAGUUCAGAUCAAUAGAAAAUUUAUUGAGUUGGUUGCUGAUAUCGAGGUAUUUAAUUCCUAUCCUUGGGGUAUUCCGAGCUACAAGGAGACGAUUGAAUCAUUGCACAAUGCCUUCCAUCAUAGAGGAUGUGAAAUAAAGAAUAACUCACAGUCGUAUGACUUAAAAGGUUUUCCGUUGGCAUUUCAGGUGUGGGCUUUUGAAGCAAUUCCCGAGUUUGGUAAACAUUUUGGAGAGCGGCGGGAAACCCGUUGUCCUAGGAUGGUUGGAUGGCAUGCUACAACUCAACCGAGCCAUUUUGCGGUCCAGUGUUGGUUCACCUCAAAUAUUGAUUAUGUUGCGCAUUGGAGGUUAAAUGCUACCGAUGAGGAGAAAAAUAUGGAUUACUGGAGAUCGAUAGCAGUUAACAUACAUGAGGUUCGGUAUACAGAACCACCACUUGUAGCACCAAUAGCAUCCGAUGUAGCCGUUGAUGCUAAAGAUGCGUCCAAAGCUGAAAAGCAGAGUAAUGCCCCACCAGAUGAUAAUGUUGCUCGCUUAGAGGCAAAAUUGGAUGAAUUAAAGAAAUUUGUGGUUGAGAGUCGUGAGGAAGAUAGGAAGGAGAUUGCAUCUUUAAGGAAUAUGCUUACUUAUGUUACUGACCUACUUAAGCAUAAGAGUGAACAUCAUAUGCACACACAGCCACCGCCGUCUUCGGUGCGACCGUCAUCCCCUUUGGUGGCAUCAUAUGGAGAGCAAGAAGAAGAAUUUGAUGCACCUAUAGACGGUUCCAGUGGUAAGAAGAUGGAUGAGGAUUGUAAAUCAUCAUUCGAUCCCAUCAUAUCUGGUGGACCCUAUGUUGAGGAUUCAUGGGCUUUGGUGCCAUAUCGGCCAUUGCAAUUGGGCCGGGAUUUUACUGCUUCAGCCGAUAGUCCACAUCAUAACCCAUUUGUGGACGCAGAGAGUAAGGUGGAGGCUCAGUUGCAUAAAUUUGGUGAGAAAAGUCGCUUCAAUCGAGUCUACCAGCAGUCACACCACCUCACCUCCCCGUUCAUCGUUUCAUGUAAAAGAAAGGUAAAAUUGAAUCUCAAACGACCUAUUGAUGCAUCAAAGGAGAGGUCGUUCGAUGAGUGGUAUAGAUUAGCACCAGCCGGAUCGAGCGUGUGUGCAUCUUAUAUGACAGUGAAUAAGAAGUUUUUUGAUGAUCUACUUACCCCUGCUGGGUGGUUGACAUCCGAUCAUAUGGACACCAUUUUAUAUUUCAUCAGGAGAAGGCGGUUUGAGCAUCAGAGCAGUUUCACCCAAAACUGUGCCAUAAUGGACACGUUAUUUUGGUUAUCAAUAAAAGGCCGUUAUCCCACAUUUAAGGCGUCCUGCAGCACAUAUUCGUGUGAUUCCACAUUGCGAAACUAUGUGCAUGGAAAGUUACCACAACAUAGCAUUCCGUGGUGGAUAUGUGAUUAUUUGUACGUCCCUAUCAAUAACAGCGGCGUCCAUUGGUUGGCAGCAAUUGUUGACUUGAAGGCUCGACAUGUUGAAUUAUAUGAUCCAAAUAUGGGAAAUAAAUAUGUUCAGAAUAGAGAGAUAAAAAAUGCCAAGUGCCUUACGUGUAUGCUGCCUUACUUAUUGCGGGAAGGGGAGUAUUAUGAUAAGAAUCCAGACGUGCUUCCUAGCUUAGAGCCAUUCACCAUGGCUAUGAUCAAAGAUGCACCCCGGCAAGAUAAUGGGGGUGAUUGUGGUGUCUUUACAUUGAAGUUCAUUGAGUACAAAAGCAGUGAAGAGGACGUUUUAUUCGGCCCGGAUGACAUUAGUUGGUUUAGGAAAAAAUACGCUGUUGAUGUGUAUUUUAAUAAAUUUUCAAUGUAGAUCGUACGUUUGUGACUACAACAUGCAACUAACAUUAUGUUACACAUCUCUAACCUAAAAUAUAAUUACGGUAUCCCAAGAAAUCUUAUGCUCCAUCGGU